AGUAAAAAAAUGCUCAACCAUACAAAAACAUACAUAUAAAUCUGUUUUCGUUAAUGUGAUAUCGCAAUAAACUUACAAUUAGAACACACUUCAGUGAUGACGGUCAGUGUACUUCCCCGGCUUUGAUGAGCUGUCACGUACUUCCGUAUUAUUUGUGAUCUUAAAGAUUUAGUUUUUUAUCUAAAUAACAUUACCGCAACAUAUAGAACAAGAAUGGCCAAAUCACCAAUUAGUUUUCUCCAGGAGUUUGCGAUUAAACAGGGAUAUGUUCCUAUGUAUGAUUUUAAGAUUAUGAAUCCCAACGGAAACAGUAAACAAUUUUUUUGUAAAGUAAUUUGUAAAGAUUUAAGUACUGAUGGUACGGGAAAUUCCAAAAAAGAAGCUAAACAGAAAGCUGCGGAAAACAUGUUAUUAUUAUUGGGCCAAUCAAGUAAAGUUUCAAUGUCUUCAACCAUUUCUUCAUUAUCUAGUGAUGUAGAUAAGACACCAGUUACACAGAACUCAACGAUGAUCUGUAACACACCAUCUUCAUCAAUACAUUUGCAACUGAUAUCAGAAAUGAUAGAUAUUAAAAGUGAUGUAAAUAAAAACAUAAAAGAAUCAUCAUUAGAUUCUUCUGUUAACUAUAUCGGAGUGUUGCAAGAAUUAUGUGUACGACAAAAAUUAUCGCCUAGAGACAUAUCAUAUAAAGUUAUUGGGGAAAGUGGACCAAGUCAUAUGAGAUGUUUCAUUAUAGAAGUCAGUGUGAAAUCUUUACGAGCACAUGGUACAGCACAAAGUAAAAAAAUUGCUAAACAAGAGGCUGCUAAAAAUUUACUACACGAUCUAGGUCUAGACAAGUUGGCAGAAGUAAAUAAUGUUUCCAAUGAAAUACUUGAAGAGAGUAUGCGAAAAUUAGGUAUAGGAAUAUCAGAGAGCAAGCCAGCAUUACCAAUUGUAGAACUGUCGGAUAAAGCUCAGUCAAUCUAUCUUGAAUGUACUAAUAAGGUAAAUAAGUCAAACAAAUUGCCCGAACAUUUUAUUACAAAUCUUCAUAUUUUAUUUGAAAACACUUAUGUCACUAAGAUCCCUCAUAAUAUGAUAGAAAAAAUGCAAAUAAUACGCAUCGAUCAGACACAUUUAAUACAAGAAAUGAGACUACAUAUUGAGAGAAUGUUAAAACUUAGAAUCGAACAGUCUAUUAUAUGUAAAUCGGAAAAGGGCUAUGUAGUAAGCUUGCGCUUAUUAUCUAUCCAUAAUAUAACACAAAUCGGUAUAGGUAAAACUAAAGAUGAAGCAGAAACUAUGGCAAUGUAUAAUAUCAUUACAGCCAUUUUAAUUCUUGUAAAUUAAUAUGGAAGUGAUGAUAUGGAUAUGAAAAAUUUCAUUUUUUUAUUAUUGCAUUCACAUGUUUCGA